AAAAGUGAGGAAAAUUCUGGAAUCUUGAAGAUGCCUUGCCACAAUAUCCUAGUUUUCUGUAUAAAUUAUAAAUAACUUCGAGAAUCGACUGAAGAGAGGACACAAGGAUCAGUUUUUCAAAUCAUGCCAUCUGAACAGAAGCAUUUUUUUUGUGAUGGAAAACUAACUACUUUAGAAAAGGAUUAUGAUGUGAAAGAUAUAGUAGUUAUUAAUUCUGUAGAAUCAGAGGAACCAAGAAUUUUAGAAGAUAAUUUUGAACUGAAAAAUGUGAAAGUUCAUUUGCCCAAGAUAAGUGUUCCAAAUGAAGCCCUGUUGACACAUGAGGUUGACAUAUAUAGACAAUUAUUUGAAAAUAAACCACAAACUGCCAGAAAAUCUGUGAGCAAAGAGAAAGUAGAUGAAAGUCCUUUAAAUGAUUUAAAGGAGUGUAAUUUGUGGCAUAGACCCAAUGUAGGAUAUGAAGAAGAAGGAAUGAAAAUGUCUGCAAAAAUACUUAAUUUCAGCUGUACAAAAUGUAGAGACAAUAUUCGCUAUAGCCCGAAUGAUUUGCAGAAACAUUUUCAACUUUUGCACUGUGGAGAGUUACCUUUAUAUCCUUGUGAGAUGUGCAGUUUUUCUGCAAAUGACUUUCAGUCAUUUAAACAACACAGACUUAUCCACCGAAGCACUUUAGUAAAAUGUGACAUUUGUAAUGAUGAGACUGUGUAUACUUUAUUAGAUUUAACAAAACAUUUUACAGUUAACCAUUGUGUUAAUGGUAAUUUUCAAUGUGAAAAAUGCAAGUUCUCUACCAAGGACGUUGGCACAUUUGUUCAGCAUAUUCAUAGACAUAAUGAUAUUCACUAUAAAUGUAGUAAGUGUCAUCAUAUCAGUUUCACCAAAGGAGAAUUUCAGCAACAUCUCUUUGUUCAUUCCACUACUUUUCCCUUCAGUUGUCAAUAUUGUAAGUAUAGUGCUGCCGGGAAGGACCAACUUCUAAAACAUAUGUUAGCUUUGCACAAAGAUCAAUUAUAUGCAAAAGAUAAACUGGAAAAGGAAAAAUGUGAAAAAAGGAUAGUUAAGACUACAUCUGGACUUAAGCUUAUAUUAAGACGAUACAAAAUAGGAACAUCAAGAAAGACGCUUUGGAGACAAAAGAAGGAGAGCAAUGGAAAUGACAGCUAUGUAGAAAAAAACACACAGGUGCUUAAAAAUGCUAAUAAAAUUCAGAUUAAAUCUGAAGAACAGAGUAAUGUAUGGGAGCAUUUGAAUGAAGAAAAGGAUGAAACCAUGUAUAUUGAAAAGCGGAGUCAGAAGCAAGAUACACCAGAAUCAGAAACAAGAAAUCUCUUACCUACCAGUCAGUGUAGUAAACCUGAAGAAGGAUCAAGUUCUGGUUUUGGAUUUUUGAAGAAUGUUAUACAUGGACCCACGGUGCUGAUGAUGAAAAAUAAUAAAAUAUCAGUUCCUGCCAACUAUAGUGCUAAAUUUAUGGGGUUCAAGAUGGUAGAUGGAAAACAACAUAUAGUCAUAAAAAUAUUGCCUACCAAUAAAUCGAGUUCAUGUUCUCCGGGUCUUCAGCCUGAAAUAACAAAGGACAACACUACUGAUUUGCAGCAUCAAAAAGCUAAAACCACUGGAUUAUCUUCAGGUGCUACACUGCAUAUAUCUGAUUUAAAUAACACAAUUUGCACUAGUACAUCUAAUCCAUUAUCAUUUCCUACUCCUCUGUUUUCUGGGAAUACAACAUUGGAAAAAGAAAAAGCUGUCAUGGCUCAAGCUAGGGGUAAAUCUCAGAUAGUAGGUGCUGAGAAAAGUACACCUCAUUUGUCAACAAAUUCAGAACUGACUGCAGCUCCUUUGAAUUUGACCACUAAACUUAGAAUAAGUAAUAAUGUUGGAGCAUGUGGAAGUUGUGUUACUCAAAAUCAUCCUCAGGUAUUGUGUGCCACAGGUAAGAACCCGGUUAACUUGGAAUCUAUUGAAAUAAAAUCUGUUGAACCAAAAGCACAGCAUAGUGGGAUGUUGAAUAACUCCAGUAUUAAUGAUCUCAACUAUAUGCCAUCCUCUAAUCAAGGAACAUUACCUUUUCACAAUUACUCAAAAAUGGACAUUUUGGAUAACUCAUGCAGUAUUUCAGUGACAGCACAUGAAAACUCUGAAGAAUCUUCAUCAAGUAAAACGGCUAUACACCAGUAUCGUUCAAGAAGUGAAUCAGUCUCAUCAUCAGUGGGAAGGAACACAAAUCCAGACCUCCAUCAACCAUUUCCAUCAAAGAUUUGUCAAACUUACUGCCCUUCAAACACUAAAGAUAUUUUUGAACCUUUAAAAAACCACUGUGAAUUUGAUGCAGAAAUUUUAGAAACAGGACAAAAUAUUAACGUACAGAAUCCUGAUGCUAAUACAAAUCAAAACUUAGGGAAUGUUGCCGAGAAAUCAGAUUGGAAGGAUGACACUUGUGCUGAUUCAUUCACAAUGCCUAAAAUCACAUCUGUUUUCUCACUACAAAGUAAGCAGGCAUCUGAUUUUUUGUCACCUGAAGAAAACCAGUUGUUACAAGAUGUAUUGAAGGAAAACUCAAAUGUGGGAAAAGAUUCUGAUACAAAACCAAAUAAAGUAAUACAACUUUAUGAUGAGCCACUUUUGAGAAAUGAGGGAAAGAUGAACAUAACUGAAUAUUUUAAAGAUUCAGAAACCCCAUGCACUUUACCCAUUUCUUCAAGUAAUGUGGGUACUGGUGUACAUACAGAAUAUCUCAGUGCCAGCAACUGUACAACAAAUAAAGAAAUAGGUGGGGGGAAAGAAAAACAAGUACUAUCAGUACCAAAUGAUUUGGGAGACUUUGAGAAAAUACCCAGAACUGCUGGUUUUGACACAUUAGUUAAAACCCAUUCUGAUACUCAGCAGCUUAUAAAAAGCAAAGUACAAGCUACUUCAGAAAAUUCUAAUGGCCUGGGUUCUUUUCAUGUUCUGAGCCCAUCAAUAAAUUCUGAACCCCCCAAGACAAUUUUAGUUCAGUCAUCUCCUAAAGGGUUUAUUUUACCUUUACAUCUUGCUAGCAAAUCUGGAUUACAGCUUGUUUCAGGAAGAAGUCUUUCAUCAACUAAUCCACCAGGUAUUUAUAUGGCUCAAGGUGUGUCAUCAUCUCUCCUUUUAAACAAGAAACCUGGAGUGGUUUUAAGGUUAAGUAAUGGAGUGCUUGGAAGUGUAGCCAACAUCACAGGUGAGAAUUCUCAAGUUUUUGGUGGAGCUGCUGCUAAGGAGCAAGACAAAAUACCUUCUGUAAGGACAGAAUUGAAAAAGGAUAGUUCAGCAAAUAUAAUUCGCCCCUCUACAUUUGAUAGUAGACCUGAUAUGACCAUUAAUUCAGAAAAUAGUAUGUCACUUAAAGCGUCAUAUUUUAUUAGAAACUCAGCAGAACCUUCAGGGAAUAGAAUUUCUCCUCAAAAUACACUGCCUGGAUAUCAAGGUACUAAUUUACAUACUAUGGAUUCAGUGAAACAGCCGAGUGAAGCUCAGCAGAAACAAUCUCUUUAUGCUCUGUUGCCCGAUGGUCGGCAGGCAGUUCUCCUAAGAUGUGUUACUCCCAAUAAGUCGCAAAUAGGGCCGUCUGAUUUAUUACAGAAUAGCACUUAUGAGCUUCAAAAUCAUCAACCAAAGAAAACUGGAGCAACACAGCAAAAAAUACUGCUGAAAAUAAUAAAGAACCCUGCUUUUGAUAACGGUCCGCCAGGAAAGAGUCCUAAGUCUUCAUUACAGUUAGAUAUCAUUCGAUCUCAUCAAACUUCCACAGCAAUGGAGAAACAACCCGCUUCUUCCAGUGAUGCCUUACUCUUAAAAAAUAGAUUGAUGCCAGCAACCUCUACAGCAAUAUGCUCCAUACCUCCUCAAGGGACAGUGGGUACCACCAGCCCCCCAGAGACGGAGCUGUUGAAGUGUCAGACCGAGGGUUCAUUUGGGAGUGAUUUCAGUAAUAGAAAGUCUACCAGGAGAAAGAUUUCAAAAACAAAAACUCAUGUAAGACAUAAAUCUUCUGAACCUAUGAUCACGUGUAAGAACAGGAACUUUGGACCAAAAUGGAGAGGAAAUUUCCAGGAAUGGCCUAGAAAAAAAGUAAUGUUGCAUAGGAAGAGUAAAAGAAAAACUAAACCCGAAGAUUUUCAUGAUGUGUUAGACCUUUACAGACCAAGGUUUCCUAAGGACACAGUUAGAACUUUGCGACUUUUUCCUUUCAGUUCUACACAACUGGUAAAAUGCCCCAGAAGAAAUCAGCCAGUUGUGGUUUUAAACCAUCCUGAUGCAGAUGCUCCAGAAGUGGUAAAUGUAAUGAAAAGUAUUGCUAAGUUUAAAGGACACGUACUCAAGGUUUCAUUGUCAAAAAGAACAAUUCAGGCACUUUUGGAACCAGCAUGUUGUAACUUUUCUAAAGCAAUUAGUGAUGACUUUUCUGCCAAAAGGCAUAAAGUACUUAAACCUGUGAAAGAAAGAUUUGUGUUAAAAUUAACGCUUAAAAAAACAAGCAAAAAUAAUUAUCAGAUUGUGAAAACUACCUCUGAUAAUACUUUGAAGGCAAAGUUUAACUGCUGGUAUUGUGGUAGAGUAUUUGACAAUCAGGAUGCUUGGGUGGGACAUGGACAGCGGCAUUUAAUGGAAGCUACUCGGGAUUGGCAUAUGUUAGAAUAAUUUACCUUGAUUAUUUAAAAAAUUACUUUAAAAGAAUCAAAUUAUGAUUUGCAGAUGUUUUCUAUUUCAGCAUAAUACCAGAAGUUAAGCUUUUAAAUAUUAAUUGUUUUUGGAGCUGGUUAUAUUUUAAUGGGAAAGCAGAAUUGCAGCAUUUUGAAAAAGCAAACAACAUGCAUGCAUUUUGAAUUUAUAGCACAAAUGUAAGUUUUUGUUUGUUUGUUUUUUGUUUUUGUUUUGCUUUUGCAAGAAUAUGUUCAAGAAAUUAGGUUAAAAUGAAAAAAUUUGAAAAGUAAAUCUUUUUUCCCAGUUAUAAAUUUAUUUGGGAAUGUAUAUUAUAGUGGAGGUUGGCUCAAUACUGCUUUAGCUGUUAUCAGUCCUAUAAAAUCUGGUAAGUAUUUCCUCUGUGGAUCUAACCUCCCACCAAGAAGCUAACAUAUUUCUUCUUGGUUUCCUUUCCAGGCUGCUAUUCUCAGUCUAGAUUACUCAGAGAUUUCUAGCACAUAGAGGAGUAUAAUCUUUUAGGCAGUGUAGUCCAAUGGAAAGAGUCCUGGAUUUGGAGCCAGAGAUCCUCUUCUCCACUAUUAGCUCUGCUGCAUUUAGUGUUUGUGUGACUUUGGGUAAGUCAUUCUGUACUUCUGUAUGAGGAGGGUAGGACUGAUUUUGACCCUUGAGGGUCUUUUCAGCUCUAAUCUAUGAUUCUCUCUGAAGGAAAUAGAUUGAUUGGAUAGUGUAUUUGACUUACAGUUAAUUCAUCAUAACUAGGAUACAAGUGGGUACCUCACUUUUGUACAAGAGAUGUCUCUGAAUAGAUAAGUAAAACAAAUCAGUAAGUACUUUGCUUAAUAAUAUCCUUUGAUGAAUGAAGGUUGACACUUUAGAGGGGCUAUUCAGAGAUGAUUUAAAGGCUAGUAUUGGGUUGCAUAAUAACAAGGAAAUGUCUUUUUCGGCUCAAAAUUAAAGAAUCUUUUUGCAGAGAUAGUGGCAGAUUUCUUUAGAUAAUUGAAUUUUCCAGAGUUUCCAGGGAACUCUUGGUCUUAGUGGAUUCUAAUUAUUUUUCUUCUGGAUGUAAGAUCUACAAGUAGGCACUUCUCAGGGAAAAAUGUUUUUCUAGAUUUUUUGUUUUAAAUUUAUACAAUAGCAAUCUGGUAAUCUCAGAGCUCUGGAAGAAAAAAAAAAAACCCAGUCCCAUUUCCAUGACUUACAAAACAUCAUUCUCAUAGCUUUCACACAUGCCUCCAGUGAAGUGGCUUUAUUAAUAUUUAGAGGACUGGAAAUCCAAAGCAAAACAGCCAAUUGGUAUCAGAGAAAUAAAGGGAGAUAGCAGUUCUAUACAGUGGCAAAACUCAGGACCACUUUCUAGUGGAUGCCUGGAUAAGAACAUAUUUAAAAUGAAGUUGUUGCACCGAAUAAUUAAAGAUAUAAAAUUUCUGCUUUAUAAAUGUGGUUUAACUUUUAUUAGGUCUUUGUAUAACAAAACUCAUCUGUAUUAUAAAAUUAUAUGAUCUAAGAUUUUUUUGUUACAUGGUUACUAUAAGUGUUAUAUAUUUUUAUUAUUGAUUGGAAUAAAUCUUCAGGGCUUUUCUUCUGUACAUGACUAAGAUUUUAGAUGUGUACAUAUUUUUGUAUAUGGCUUAUUUGCUAUAAAUCCUGCACAGAAAUUUUUUGGCCUAAAAAGUUUGUUUAUUUUAGUUCUGGGCAUGCACUAAUAAAACUGGUUGAAAACUUUUAAAAUAUAUAUACAGAGCUUUUACCAGCAUUAUUUUCUUGGUUUUAAUUUUAGUUUUAUUAAUUUUUUUUGUAAAUUUGUUUUUCAGGGAUAUGAACACUAUUGUUAGUAAGUGCCUAAAAGAUGUGAAACAGUUUACAUAUAUCAACUGUAACAAAAGGUCCAAAAUGGGCCAUUUCCCCAAGAGAUUUAUUUUAAAAAAGCCAUAUGUAGAUGCUUUAAGCUAUCUUGCUAUGCACAUGACACUUGUACUAUUUCUGUGCAGUUUGUCUACUUUCUUAGUGAAGUAUUUUUCAUAUAAAUAAAACCUGUUACAAUUGUGUUUAUUAAAUUGAGCCUAAGAAUGGAAUCAAUUGGAAACAUACAGUAUAUAUUCAUAAUGCAUAAUGGUGUUAAUUCAAGAAUGGUAAGCAUUGCUAAUUUCUGUAAUAACUUUCUCUUUAAUAUUAAAUUUAUCUUAAAUUGUGUUUACACAACAAUUUUAGUCUACUGUAUUAAUAUCUAAUGACAACUUAAUGUUGUGCAUUUUGAAAGACUUAGUUUUUUUUCAAUCUUUUAUGCCAGUACCCUAUAAAUAAUAAAGUAUGAUUUUAUUCUAAAGAUUAGAAAUUUAUUUCAGAGUGGUAUGUGACUUUAACCUCCCCUUCCCUCCCUCACCCCACCAUUUGCGAGGAUUAUUUUGCUAGGACAAACUUGGUAAAAGCUCCUCAUUUCUUAAUAGGCCAGUCACCGGGCUUACCAUUCCAAUAAUAGCCACUGAAGUGAUCAUCAGUCUUAGAGUUAUUCUUGUAAUAGAUAAUUGAGAGGUAAAAGAGAGCAGUCUAGUUGAUAAUCUUUUUCUUCAGUGGGUCACUGUUAAAAUGACAGUAUAAAUUUCUUGAAUUAAUAGAGUGCUAAUAAAUACAAAGAGUUGUGAGAUCUAAGAAAUCUGUCAUUUUAGUGGUCUUCAGAUCUAUAUUCCUUGUCUUCCCUGACCUCAGUUGGAAGCCACUGUGAUUCCCUCCAAUGUCAGAAACUCUUUGCUCAGGCAAGUGUAGGUUUUUGGGCUACAGAGUAGCUGUAUUGGGAAGAUUUAUCCUUCAGGUGGAAAACAUCUUUAGCCUAAUUGGGCCAAUUGUGGUUAGGAGCUCAACUACUUCUGUGUCCUAACUUCCUCUCACUAGCAAAGUUGUGGUAAAAGCAGAAAUAUCCCUUUUGUCCUUUCUGUUAUGUCCUUUCCUUAUGGCUUAAACUGAAGCAAGUACAAUCAAAUAUUUCUAGGACAAUCUUCCAAUUAAGAAUUUUUAUUUUUGCCCACACAUACUUAGGUAUUAAGUUCUUUUUUAUAUAGCUGUUGAUGUUCAGUAAAUGGUCCUCAGCUAUUUUUUUUUUAAAGAACCUUCUUUCUUUUGUAAUAAUUUGAACAUAAAACAAAAAAGCUUGAUAGUUUUGCCAUAACAGCCAAAAUAUGUUUUAUUGAUUCUCAAACUACCAAAACAUUUUUAAGUCCCAAAUUUUGUGUAGUGUUAUGAUAUACUAAGAUUUCAAAGUAAAACUGAUAUGCAUCAACAGGUACGAGAUAUAUAGAAAGAACAAAAUAAGUGAAUGGAGAGUAUAUUCCAUUCAUACCAGAGUGGGAAGGAAUUUUUCCAUUUGGAGUACAAUUAGACUGAACUGAGUCCUGGGAUCAGCAGUCGUAGAAUAUUGUCAUAACUGCCACUAGCUGUGUGACAUUGUUCAUUGUCUUUAGGUUUCAGUUUUAUAUAAAAGGAAGGGGUUGGAGUUAAUUGUCUUUAAAUGCCUUCUGACUCUUAAAAAUUAUUUUUUUUCCAGUGAAUGUGUCUCUGUUUUCAGUUCCACUAAAAUAUAGUUUAGGAAGAGAGUCGGAUCCGGAGAGAUAGAGAGCGACUGGAAUUUGCAGGCUAUAUUAGGAUAGAACUAAGGAAAAUAAGGAACUAUAAUUUGAUGAGACUUCUUAAGUGAGCUGGGAUUCUUGGGGAUUUUGAAAUGAAAAGGAAAAAGUUGAAAUAAAGGGGGAGAUAAACUUUUCCAGGUACAAAUAGAAAUUUGUAAAUUCUGCAAAACACCUUUUUUGCAUGUAGAUUAUUUUAGUUGAGAACUCACUUGCAAGAAAUCUUUCUUUUUAGACUUAAUUUACCUCACUGGAAUAAUGAUCCUCUUCUCAUCCUCCUAAAGGAUUUGCUCCUCUUUAACAGAAGCCCUUGGCAUCCACUUGGGCUUAUGGUGCUUUAGACAUACCUGCAUUAAAACUUCUCCUCAGCUAGGUAGGUGAUGAGGUUUCUGAAAGAUACCAAAAUGGUCUUACUCCAAUUCAACAAAUAUGUGCUCAUUAUGUCAAGGUACUAAACACUGGAGAUAUGAAAAUGAAACAGUUCUUGCCCUGAAAGAGCUUAUAUUCUACUUAUUUUUUCACAUUGGAGAACAGAACUACAGGCAGCUAAGUAGAUUGCUUUUGUUUUUAAUUAUUGAUGUCAAUGUUUCCUUGCACUAGAACUGGUAUUUAAGAACUGAUGAAUCACUCCAGUAAAACUGUUCGUGAAAUGGAUUUUUCUUAUCUGUCUAUUUAUUAAAUUCCCUGAAUUUCAGAACAUACUAUUUUCUUCCAAAAAAAAAAUAAAUAAAAUUAACUGUUUUGCAA